AUGAAGGCUACGUACCUACUUCAAAGCUUUUUGGGGGUUCUGCCGGGUGGUGCGGCGUGCGCCUCGGUGACCAACUUCACAAUCAAUCUCAACGCGUCUCGAAUGCUCCAGUUGAUCAGUCUCACCGAGUUACCCGCCCAGGAAGAGUAUCCUGGGCUUGGCGCGUCGCUCGGCAUUGAUUUGAAUGUGCUCAAGUCACUGCAGCACCAAUGGACGACAAAUUUUAGCUGGCCCGCUGAACAAGCCGCCCUGAACAAGUACCCUCAAUACACCACGACCAUUGAAGGCCUGAAAGUUCACUUUAUCCAUCAAAAGUCCGGCGAGCCAGACGCGAUCCCGGUCAUAUUGAAUCACGGAUGGCCUGGUUCUUUUGCCGAAUAUGUGCCGUUGAUCGAUCCAUUGACUACCGUCGCUACUACAUCCAAUGGAACGGCUGUAUCUUUUGACGUUGUGGUGCCCUCGCUACCUGGUUAUGCAUUCUCGAGCGCACCACCGGCCAACUGGACAUUGGAUGACACAGCGAGGAUAUUCAAUACCCUCAUGACUGAAGUCCUGGGAUAUAACACUUACGCUGCACACGGAAACGACUGGGGGAGCACAGUGGCCUAUAGCAUGUACGACCAGUUCAAUACGACUGUACGGGCUGUGCAUCUUCUCGGCAUACCAUUUCUCCCUCUGAGUCCGGAACAGUUUCCUGACUACAAUAUCACUCUUAACGAAGACGAGCAGUUUCAGGAGUCACUGGUGUUGGCAUUUGACGCUGGGUACAGCCUCGAGCAAACAAACAAGCCCAACACGAUUGGACUCGCCCUGUACGACAACCCUGUUGGACAAUUGGCCUGGAUGGGAGAGAAGUGGAUCAACUGGUCCGAUCCACGGGCGGGAACACCACCAUCUGUCCUCACGCACAAUGAGAUUCUUCGCGAGGUCUCGUUGUACUACCUGACAAAGUCUUUUGUUUCCUCGGUCUUCACAUAUGCGCAGAACUCUGGCGCACUAAAGUCGACUUACAGCAAGGCGCGCACAGAUGCGCCGAUGCUGUUUAGCAGCUUCAAGUGGAGCGGUGCCUUCUGGACUGAGGAGGUCGUGUCGUGGGUAGGAAACCUGGUUUCAUACGUCUACCACGACUUUGGCGGGCACUUUCCAGCCUUGGACAACCCACCAGCUCUGGUUGAUGAUAUUCGACAAAUUGCAGACUACUGGACGACUUGA